AUGAAAGGAGACGGGCAAGCGAUCGGCAUCAAUCUCGGCGAAACCUACUCAUGUGUCGGAGUCUGGCGGGGUGGUCGUGUGGAGAUUGUCGCCAACAGCCAAGGCAACCGCACCACGCCGUCCUUUGUCGCCUUCACCGACACACAGAGGCUCGUCGGCGAGGCGGCCAAAAAUCAGCUAAGAAGAAACACAUCCAACACCGUCUAUGAUGUAAACCGGCUCAUUGCCCGGAGUUUCUAUGACGUGUCCUUGGAGAGCGAUGCCAAGCAUUGGCCAUUUCAGACGAUCGAAGGCCCCCACGGCAAGGCCAUGAUUAGGGUGCGUUACCUUGGCAAGCACAAGGACUUCUCGCCGGAGGAGAUCUUGGCCAUGGUGCUUGGCAAGAUGAAGGAGACAGCUGAGGACUACCUUGGGACAACCAUCAAGAAGGCUGUCAUCACCGUCCCGGCCUACUUCAACGGCUCCCAACGCCGGGCCACCCAGGAUGCUGGCGUCCUCGCUGGCCUCAAUGUCAUGCGCAUCAUCAACGAACCUACCGCGACGGCCAUGGCUUACAACCAAGAUGGGAGGUGGAGCAACACCCAAGAGAGCAAUGUGCUCAUCUAUGACUUGGGCGGUCGAACGCUCGACGUCUCGCUUGUGGUUAUCAAGGAAAGUAUAUUGGAGGUCAAGGCUAGCGCCCGCGACACUCACCUAGGAGGCGAGGAUUUCACCAACCGCAUGGUUGACCAUUUCGUCAGGGAAUUUAAGAAGAAGAACCAGAGGGAUAUCAGCGGCGACAAGAGGGCUCUCCGGCGCCUCAGAGACUCGUGCGAGAGUGCCAAGAGGAAGCUCUCCUCCGCGACCCAGGCCGACGUCAUGGUGGAUGCCCUUUUUGAGGGCAUCGACAUGCAAUCCAUCAUCAAUCGUGCCCUGUUCGAGCAGCUCACCAAGGACCUGCUGGGGAAAUGUAUGGCAACCGUCGAGAUGUGCUUGAUGGAUGCCAAGAUGGACAGGACCAAAGUGGACGAUGUUGUGCUCGUCGGAGGAUGUGGACGGGAAAUCCAUGCAGUGCGCCAGAUCCUCAAGUGGUUCUUCUACGAAAAGGAGCCCUGCAUGGAAAUCAGGCCGGACGAGGCCGUGGCAUACGGAGCCACCGUCCAGGCCGCCAUCCUCACGGGCGAGAUCCUCCUGCAUCAGAUGGAGGUCACACCGCUCUCGUUGGGCAUAGAACUCCAUGAGACUGCGAUCGGCAUCAAUCUCAGCGAAACCUACUCAUGUGUCGGAGUCUGGCGGGGUGGUCGUGUGGAGAUUGUCGCCAACAGCCAAGGCAACCGCACGACGCCGUCCUUUGUCGCCUUCACCGACACCGAGAGGCUCGUCGGGGAGGCGGCCCAAAAUCAGCUCAGAAGAAACACAUCCAACACAGUCUAUGAUGUAAACCGGCUCAUUGCCCGGAGUUUCUAUGACGUGUCCGUGGAGAGCUAUGCCAAGCAUUGGCCAUUUAAGACGAUCAAAGGCCCCCAUGGCAAGGCCAUGAUUAGGGUGCGUUACCUUGGCAAGCACAAGGACUUCUCGCCGGAGGAGAUCUUGGCCAUGGUGCUUGGCAAGAUGAAGGAGACAGCUGAGGACUACCUUGGGACAACCAUCAAGAAGGCUGUCAUCACCGUCCCGGCCUACUUCAACGGCUCCCAACGCCGGGCCACCCAGGAUGCUGGCGUCCUCGCUGGCCUCAAUGUCAUGCGCAUCAUCAACGAACCUACCGCGGCGGCCAUGGCUUACAACCAAGAUGGGAGGUGGAGCAACACCCAAGAGAGCAAUGUGCUCAUCUAUGACUUGGGCGGUCGAACGCUCGACGUCUCGCUUGUGGUUAUCAAGGAAAGUAUAUUGGAGGUCAAGGCUAGCGCCCGCGACACUCACCUAGGAGGCGAGGAUUUCACCAACCGCAUGGUUGACCAUUUCGUCAGGGAAUUUAAGAAGAAGAACCAGAGGGAUAUCAGCGGCGACAAGAGGGCUCUCCGGCGCCUCAGAGACUCGUGCGAGAGUGCCAAGAGGAAGCUCUCCUCCGCGACCCAGGCCGACGUCAUGGUGGAUGCCCUUUUUGAGGGCAUCGACAUGCAAUCCAUCAUCAAUCGUGCCCUGUUCGAGCAGCUCACCAAGGACCUGCUGGGGAAAUGUAUGGCAACCGUCGAGAUGUGCUUGAUGGAUGCCAAGAUGGACAGGACCAAAGUGGACGAUGUUGUGCUCGUCGGAGGAUGUGGACGGGAAAUCCAUGCAGUGCGCCAGAUCCUCAAGUGGUUCUUCUACGAAAAGGAGCCCUGCAUGGAAAUCAGGCCGGACGAGGCCGUGGCAUACGGAGCCACCGUCCAGGCCGCCAUCCUCACGGGCGAGAUCCUCCUGCAUCAGAUGGAGGUCACACCGCUCUCGUUGGGCAUAGAACUCCAUGAGACUGGUCAGAACACCAGUUUAACCAUCAGGGAUGACAUGGGACGUUGCAGCAUGGAUGAAGUGGAGAACCACAAGUACAAAGCCGUUGAUGAAGAGCACAAGAAGAAGCCUACUGAACAACAUUAG